UAAACCAGAGUCAAAGUUUAUCUUUGUGAUGACUAGAAAACACACAUGGUUGUAGUUAAAGUCAUGUCAACUAAUAAGAAGCUACUAAGUUGAGAGUCAGGACUGAGUUUAUUAUACUGUGUGUAUGUGUGUGUGUCUGCAGUGUUACUGGUUUACCUCUCAGACUCCUGGAGAUGAAGGAAGAGGAGGAAGAGGAGGACAGAGUCUCUAAUAUCCAGCUGUCUGUCUGUGAAGAGUGACUGGUCCAAUGAUUAUCCUCCAGACUUCAGUAAUGAACCUGGACCCUCAGACACAAAAACAAAAAUCACACUUUGAGACAAGAUCCUCAUUUUCAGGCGCUGUCGGCUUUCCAGCUUUAACAAACCAAUGAAAACAUGUGAAAACGCCACAGUUCACUGAACCACAGCAAACAGAGAGCCAAGAUGACGGAGGCGGACCUCCUAAACCUUCUGCAAGAUUUAACAGAUGAUGAAUUUAAGGAGUUCAAGUGGUACCUGGAAAAAGAAAAGGUGGACGACAUCCCACCCAUCAAAAAGAGCAAGCUGGAAAAGGAAGAGAGGCAGGAUGCUGUAGAUCUGAUGGUGCAGAAAUAUGAAUUUUCUGGAGCUGUGGAGGUGAUGAAGAGCAUUUUAAAGAAGAUCAAUAGGAAUGAUCUGGUGGAGGAGUUAUCAAACAUCGACUCAGGAGCAGAAGCAGAUGGUGAUCUGCAGAAGGGUUUAGGUAUAUGUAAGAUCAAUCUGACGAGGAGAUGUCAAAAAGUGCCUGAAACAAGUGAUGAACCAGAAGAUGAAAUCCUCUUCGACGAUAGAUACACUGAUGUCUACAUCACAGAGGGAAGCAGUAACGAAGUUGAUACUCAACAUGAGGUGUGGCAGCUUGAGACAGCUUCCAAGAUGAAGACCCUCCAUGACACUCCAAUCAAAUGCCACAACAUCUUUAAAAAGUUCACUCUGGACUGGGCAGUGGGCUCCGAAAACCAAGAUAUCAGUCUGCUGGUUCUGCUUCCAUUCAGGGAGCUGAACUCGAUCAAAGAUGAGCAGUACAAUCUGAUCAUGCUGAUCCAAGAAUGCCAUCCAACAUUAAAGCUCACAGCAAAGAAGCUUGCGGAGCUGACAGAGGCUGACAACACAGUUCUUCUGAAGCUGGGGAGGCUGGCAUUUGAACAGCUGCAGAAAGGAAACAUCCUGUUCUACCAAAAAGACCUGGAGCAGUGUGGUCUUGAUGUCACAGAGGCUGCAGUGUUAUCAGGAUUUUGUACACAGAUCUUCAAAAGAGAGAAACUCCAGAAGAAAACGGUUUACUGCUUUGUUCAUCUGAGCGUUCAGGAGUUUCUGGCUGCAGUCUACAUGUACCACUGUUACACCAGCAGGAACACAGAGGUACUGAAGGACUUCCUGGGAGAAGACUACAGUGACUCAUCUCUGGAUCACUUCCUGAACGGAGCCAUGGAGAAAUCUCUCCAAAGUAAAAAUGGCCACCUGGACCUGUUUGUUCGCUUCCUUCAUGGCCUCUCUCUGGAGUCCAACCAGAGUGUCUUAGGAGACCUGCUGGGUCAGACAGACAACAGUCCAGAAACCAUCCAGAGAGCCAUCACCAACCUGAAGAAGAUGAAUAUGGAGGUCUCUCCUGACAGAAGCAUCAACAUCUUCCACUGUCUGAUGGAGAUAAACGACGGCUCAGUACAUCAGGAGAUCCAAGAGUUCCUGAAGUCAGAGAACAGAUCAGAGAAGGAACUCUCUCUGAUCCACUGCUCAGCUCUGGCCUACAUGCUGCAGAUGUCAGAGGAGGUUCUGGAUGAGUUGGACCUGGAGAAGUACAACACAUCACAUGAGGGACGACAGAGACUGAUCCCAGCUGUGAGGAACUGCAGAAAGGCUCGACUUCCUCACUGUUAUCUCACAAAGACUCACUAUGAAGUUGUGGCCUCAGCUCUGAACGUCAACCCCUCCCAUCUGAGAGAUCUGGACCUGAGCUACAACAUCCUGUAUGAGUCAGACAUGAAGCUUCUGUGUGCUGGACUUGAGAGUCCAAACUGUAAACUGGAGACUCUGAGAUUGUGUGGCUGCAGUUUGUCAGAGACCAGCUGUGCUUCUCUGGUCUCAGCUCUGAAGGCUAACCCCUCCCAUCUGAGACUGCUGGAUCUGAGUAACAACAAGCUGAAGAGCUCGUCUGUGAAGCUGCUGUCUGAUCUUAAGGAGAGUCCAGACUUUAGACUGGAGACUCUGGGAUUGGAUGGCUGCAGUUCAUCAGAGACCAGCUGUGCUUCUCUGGCUUCAGCUCUGAAGUGCAACCCCUCCCAUCUGAGAUGGCUGGAUCUGAGUAACAACAAGCUGCAGGAUUCAGACGUGGAGCUACUGUGUGAUCUUCUGAAGAGUCUAGACUGUAGACUGGAGGAACUGAUAUUGGGUGACUGCAGUUUGUCAGACACCAGCUGUGCUUCUCUGAUCUCAGCUUUGAAGUGCAACCCCUCCCAUUUGAGAUUGCUAGAGCUGAGUAAAAACAAGCUGCAGGAUUCAGUCGUGGAGCUGCUGUGUGAUCUUCUGAAGAGUCCAGACUGUAGACUGAAGAGACUGGGAUUAUGGGGCUGCAGCUUGUCAGAGACCAGCUGUGCUUCUCUGGUCUCAGCUCUGAAGUGCAACCCCUCCCAUCUGAAAGAGCUGGAUCUGAGUGACAACAACCUGAAGGAUUCAGAUGUGAAGCUGCUGUGUGAUCUUAAGAAGAGUCCACGCUGCAGACUGGAGUAUCUGAGCUGGUGAUGAUCUCCAUCAGAGUGAGUCAACAUUGUUCAGAAGGUCAUCCAGUUUCAGCACCGGCAUCCCUCUUUAACCCACUCACAGUUUACAGGCACAGUGCCGCCGCUGGUGUGCAUGUGCAUGAUGGUAUCAGGAUGCUCUGCACCAAUCAAGGUCUUCGUUCAGCUUCCUGUUAACUCAGUAGCAGUAGCAGAGUAAAGCUGAGUCAGAGAAGUUUUGACUUUUUCUGUAUUCAUUGCUGCAGUUUCUUGACUUUAA